AUUAAAAAAAAAAAGAAAAGAAAUUGCAAAAUUAAAAUUGCAAGCAUGGCCGAGUUGGAUGAUUUUUUUGCGAAAAAGGAUAAGAAAAAGUCUAAAGCAAAGGGCAAAUUUGUGACAGCCGACGAGUUGGUGAAGAACCUCGAAGAAUGCACGAAACGUGAGGUGUUAAAACCAAAAAAACCUGAUGUCGCUGUCUCGACAACUUCGACAGUGGCUGGCAGCGUGGCAGAAGGCAGCGCCGAAAACGAGAGCAACAGCCGGGCAGCGGAUAAUAAUCAAACGGAACAGCGCGUUGAGGAAGAGGAGUGGAAAGAGUUUGAGCAGGAGCAGCGCAAGGACUACAGCGGUCUGAAGAUUGGCCAACUGAAUUUAAGCGAAAAGCAGCAGCAGCAGCAACAACAACAGCAGUCCGAUGAUAUGUAUGAUGAUGAUGAUGAGGACAGUGACGAUGCGGAGGCAAGCGGCAAGCGCGGCGAGCUCGGUCCCUGGAAGAAACUCAUUCCCGCCGAAGAGGUGACGCAGAUACCGGUACCGCUCGAGACGGAACCAAAGUCAUCGUCGAAAGUAUACAUUUCACCCGCGUUACGUUAUAGUCAAGCUGGCAGCGGAGCUGGCGGCGUAGGCGGCGGUGGCGGUGGCUUGCGUACGCGACGCGCUGCACCAGAUAUCACAAACACCGAGUUCUUUCCAACGCUGAACGCCGCACGUCCGGAGGAGCAGCGUAAGAAGAAAAAUGAACCCGCCUUUGAGGAAGUGCGACAUGGCGGUCGCUUCCAACGUGUACAGGAAACAACUGCAGUGCCUGUGGCGGCCACCAACCGAUUCCAAUCGCUUGACGAUGAGGUCGACAGCUAGACAACAUAACAAAACAUAAAAACACAACAAUUUAUUAUCUACAGUUGCCACACACUGCUCGUUGCGUGCUUUGCUGCUCCUACGUACGCAUGCAUUAAGUAAACAUUUUCUAGGCUUUUGGAACAAUCUUUAACACAAACUCAGAUGAGACAAAUUAUUGUUUAUUUCGGUUUGCAUUUCUUAUAUUUCUUUUUGAAUUUAAUAUGGAAUCAAUGUAACAGUUUAUGAAUAAUAGCCAUGCGUUGAAUA